GAUAACAAUUCAGAUUACAUUCACACGCCUUACAAAUUACUAUUUUUUUAAUUAAAUACUGUAUAAACAACUAAUUAUAAACUUAAAGGCAAACCAUGUCGGUGAUGCCCAACGUUGAUCCCAAAGCCGGCGAGGCCGCCAAGCCGCGCGUCUUAGACCCCGCCGAGCUAGACAGAAUGGCCAUGCAUUUUGUGGGCAACCUGAACAGGUAUCGUGAGAAUAUUGUAAUACCCAAAAGUAAUGGGCCGGUCCAGAUUAAAACCAACGAGGAGAAGCUCAUUGAAACAGCUGUGGAAAGUUGCGCCUUUAAAAGCGCCAUGGCCUGCGUUAUGGGCUACGGAUUGGGCGCUGCUUUGGGCCUGUUCAGCGCCUCCGUAAAUCCAAAUAUGGCCGAUCCAUUCGCAAAUGAAAAGAAACAGACGGCGCGCGAAGUAUUCCGCGAGAUGCGCUCCACAACGCAUUCGUAUGCCAAGAAUUUUGCCCUCAUUGGCGCUGUAUUCUCCAUUGUCGAAUGCACCAUAGAAAGUAAACGCGGCGUCACCGACUGGCGCAACGGUACCUAUGCGGGCGGCAUUACGGGCGGCCUGAUUGGCCUGCGUGCGGGCAUUAAGGCCGGCGUCAUUGGCGGCCUGGGCUUUGCGGCGUUCUCCUCGGCGAUUGAUUACUAUAUGCAUAUGAGAUAGGUGCACUAAAAGUGUGUGUGUGUAGCUCGUAUAAAUGUUUGUUCUUAAUUACAAA